AGUGUUUUCUCAUCCAUUAUAUUUUUUAGGGCUUUAUUUGUGGCUUUUCUGUAGCCACUGGAGCUGCCUCGCGUUUAAUCUCUGGCUAUGACAGUUAUGGGAAUAUUUGUGGACAGAAGAAUGCACAGGUAGAAGGCUUCGCAAACAGUGGUUUAGACCAUACCAACCGCAAGUACGUAUUCUUUCUGGAUCCUUGUAAGCUGGACUUGAUAAACCGAAAAAUAAAAUCUAUAGCAUUGUGUGUUUCCCAGUGUCCGCAAGAGGAGCUUAAAACAUUGUCUGAUGUUCAGAAAUUUGCUGAAAAAAAUGGGUCAAAUCUUUGUGAUUAUGCACUAUCCCCUAGCCAGUACACGAACAGUAUGAAAGCAUCAUCUCUGUGCCCGAAGCUUCCAGUGCCCGUGAGUGCACCUAUUCCAUUCUUCCAUCGCUGUGCUCCUGUGAACAUUUCCUGCUAUGCCAAGUUUGCAGAAGCCUUGAUCACUUUUGUCAGUGACAAUAGUGUCCUGCACAGGCUGAUUAGUGGAGUAAUGACCAGCAAAGAAAUUAUUAUUGGACUUUGCUUUUUGUCACUAGUGCUUUCAAUGAUUUUGAUGGUUAUAAUCAGAUACAUCUCCAGAGUGCUUGUUUGGAUCUUAACCAUCUUGGUCGUGCUGGGUUCUCUUGGAGGUACAGGUGUUCUUUGGUGGAUGUAUUACGAGCACAGGAAAUCGUUCAGUGAAGAUCUUCCACCAGACCAACUUCAAGUUUCCAAAGACAACCAGCAAGCCUUGCUCAUCUAUGCCAUUGCAGCCACUGUCUUUACCGUGAUCCUAUUGCUCAUCAUGCUGGUUAUGAGGAAGCGAGUUGGCCUCACAAUUGCCUUGUUCAAUGUGGCUGGAAAGGUUUUCAUACAUCUCCCACUGCUAGUCUUCCAGCCCUUUUGGACUUUUUUUGCUCUUCUGCUGUUCUGGGUCUACUGGGUCAUGGUUCUGCUCUUUCUGGGAACUGCAGGUGAUCCAUAUGCUAAUGAACAAGACUUUGUGGAGUUCAAGAUUAAUGGCCCUCUGCAAUACAUGUGGUGGUAUCAUGUAGUAGGGCUCAUAUGGAUCAGUGAGUUUAUUUUAGCCUGCCAGCAAAUGACCAUAGCUGGUGCUGUGGUAACAUACUAUUUCACAAGAAACAAGCGAGACCUCCCAUUUACACCUAUUUUAGCUUCUGUAAAUCGGCUAAUACUGUACCAUCUGGGGACAGUGGCAAAAGGAGCCUUCAUUAUUACCCUGGUCAAAAUACCCAGAAUGAUCCUCAUGUACAUUCAUAGCCAGCUCAAGGGCAAGGAGAAUGCCUGUGCAAGGUGUAUGCUGAAAUCCUGUAUCUGCUGCCUUUGGUGUCUGGAAAAGUGCCUCACAUAUUUAAAUCAGAAUGCGUACACAGCGACUGCCAUCAACAGCACAAACUUCUGCACUUCUGCGAAAGAUGCACUUGUUAUCCUUGUGGAAAAUGCUCUAAGAGUUGCUACCAUCAAUACAGUGGGCGAUUUUGUACUCUUCCUUGGGAAGAUCUUGAUUGUGAGCACCACAGGCCUUGCAGGCAUUAUGCUGCUUAACUACCAGAGAGACUACACAGUAUGGGUGCUGCCACUCAUCAUUGUCUGCCUUUUUGCCUUUCUUGUUGCUCACUGCUUCCUCUCCAUCUAUGAAAUGGUAGUAGAUGUCUUAUUCCUGUGUUUUGCUGUUGACACUAAAUAUAAUGAUGGGAGCCCUGGAAAGGAAUUCUACAUGGACAAAGUCCUAAUGGAAUUUGUGGAGAACAGUAGAAAAGCCAUGAAAGAGGGAAGUGGCGCUGAGAUCAGGGAACUGAAACCGAUG